AUGGGGGAAAUACGGGGAUGGGAAGAAAGCAAGGGGAAGGGGGAAACACGGGAUGGGGAGAAACACGAGGAAGGAGGCAACACGGGGAUGGGGAGAAAGCACGUGGCCGGUCCCCCACGUCGCCUCUCACCAGUCUAUUGCCACGCACCGCAAAGGGGGACGGGGGGAAUUUGCGGAAAGGGGCUCCAAGAGGUGCCUCAGACUAACCGCCCGCUUCCCCAGCGGCGCCUCUCGCUGCGGGAAAAGGGGCCCCUUGACAACAAUGCUGCUCUCGACUACCUUGGUGCUGAGGAGGUCGGGGCUGCUUCCGCUCCUAGUGGGAAGCGCCACAGCGCCAGGGGAUGCAGGGGUGGCAAGGGAGGUGGAGGUGGUGGUGGAGGGGGCGGUGGUGGAGGCGGCGGGGGUGGUGGAGGUGGUGGGGGUGGUCGUGGGGGUGGAGGUGGUGGUGGGGGCGGCGGGGGUACCGGGGGCAAUGGAGGUGGCAGCGGCGGGAGUGGGGGAGGAGGGAGCGGUGGUGGCAGUGGUGGUGGGAGCUGGAGUGGAGCUGGCCAGAAGGGGAGCUCCAGUGGUGGCCAGGGACAGCAGCAGCAGCAGGGUUAG